GGCCCUGGGCAGGGAGGGCCGGACGAGGCGCUGACGGGCGGGGGUUCGCCGGAGAGUGCCCCGGCGUGUUCGCUUAGUUCAGUGAAUCAGAACAAUGACUGCGCCGCCGGGUCCCCGGGAGCGCGUUGGAGGACUGUGAGCAGCCGCUGCCGGGAGAGCGGCGGGCGGCGCAGCCUGUGCGGCGCGGUGUCAACGCCGGCUUCGGGAGCCUCCAGCGCAGAACCUGCCCAGCGUCCACAGCCCGCUCGGAGCCGCGGGGCUCCGGCGCUGCAGCCGCUCCUCAGGAGCUGUGCAUUGUUGUGAUCGGGAGAAGGGGCGCGGGGAUUACAAAGCCUGAAGACCCCGGAGCCCCCGGUAGCCAUGUGGAUACCUACGGAGCACGAGAAAUACGGCGUGGGCAGAGAGACAGAGAGAAAGGUGUUCCUUCCAUUGGUUCACCACCCAAAUGGCCGCUAUGGCCGGUGGGCUGUGCGCAUCUGAAGCCAGGAGCCGGGUGCUUCCUCCUGGUCUCCCAUGCGGGUGCCGGGCCCAAGCAGUUGGGCCAUCCUCCACUGCCUUCCUGGGCCACAGCAGAGAGCUGGACUGGAAGAGGAGCAACCAGGACAGAACCCAGUACCCCGACCGGGACUGGAACCCGGUGUGUUGGCGCCACAGGCGGAGGAUUAACCUAGUGAGCCACGGCACCCGCCAGCUCCAUAUAUUUUCUAAAGUCCUGCAAAGCCUUUUGCUAGAAAUGCAUUCAUGUUAUUGCCAGUUUUCGAGGAACCAUACCAUAUGGCCUGUCAUUGGAAAUUGGAGACACAGUUCAGAUCCUGGAGAAGUGUGAUGGCUGGUACAGAGGAUUUGCCUUAAAAAACCCAAAUAUCAAGGGUAUAUUUCCUUCCAGCUAUGUUCAUUUGAAAAAUGCCUGUGUAAAAAACAAAGGACAAUUUGAAAUGGUUAUUCCCACUGAAGACUCCGUUAUCACAGAAAUGACAUCAACAUUAAGAGACUGGGGAACCAUGUGGAAACAGCUCUAUGUGAGAAAUGAAGGUGAUCUCUUCCACCGGCUGUGGCACAUCAUGAAUGAAAUCCUGGAUCUCCGGCGGCAGGUGCUGGUGGGCCAUCUCACCCAUGACCGGAUGAAGGAUGUGAAGCGCCACAUCACUGCCCGCCUGGACUGGGGCAAUGAACAACUGGGACUGGACCUGGUGCCUAGGAAAGAGUAUGCAAUGGUGGAUCCCGAAGACAUCAGCAUCACUGAGCUCUACCGAUUGAUGGAGCAUCGGCAUCGGAAGAAGGACACUCCCGUGCAGGCCAGCAGUCACCACCUGUUUGUUCAGAUGAAGAGCCUCAUGUGUUCCAACCUGGGAGAGGAGCUAGAGGUCAUCUUCUCUCUCUUUGACAGUAAAGAGAAUCGACCAAUCAGUGAGAGGUUUUUCUUGAGGCUGAAUAGGAAUGGGCUUCCAAAAGCCCCAGAUAAACCAGAACGACAUUGCUCUCUCUUUGUGGAUUUGGGUAGCAGUGAGCUAAGAAAGGACAUUUUUAUCACAGUGCACAUUAUCAGGAUUGGUCGAAUGGGAGCAGGGGAAAAAAAGAAUGCCUGCAGUGUGCAGUACCGGCGACCUUUUGGCUGUGCAGUUCUUAGCAUUGCUGACCUGCUGACAGGAGAAACAAAGGAUGACCUCAUCUUGAAAGUGUACAUGUGUAACACGGAGAGCGAGUGGUACCAAAUCCAUGAGAACAUCAUCAAAAAGUUGAAUGCACGUUAUAAUUUGACUGGCUCCAAUGCAGGUUUGGCAGUUUCCCUACAGCUAUUGCAUGGAGACAUAGAACAAAUCAGAAGAGAAUACUCAUCCGUAUUUUCUCAUGGAGUGUCCAUAACAAGGAAGUUGGGUUUUUCUAAUAUUAUUAUGCCUGGUGAAAUGAGGAACGACUUGUAUAUCACCAUAGAGAGGGGAGAAUUUGAGAAAGGAGGGAAGAGUGUGGCCAGAAAUGUGGAAGUUACCAUGUUCAUUAUAGACAGUAGUGGCCAGAAUUUAAAGGAUUUUAUCUCCUUUGGCUCUGGAGAGCCUCCAGCCAGCGAGUACCACUCAUUUGUGCUUUAUCAUAACAACAGUCCCAGGUGGGCUGAACUGCUGAAACUUCCCAUUCCUGUGGAUAAAUUCAGGGGCGCACACAUCCGCUUUGAGUUUCGGCAUUGUUCUACCAAGGAGAAAGGAGAAAAGAAGUUGUUUGGUUUCUCUUUUGUCCCCCUGAUGCAGGAAGAUGGCAGGACUCUUCCAGACGGCACCCAUGAGCUCAUUGUGCACAAGUGUGAAGAAAAUACAAACCUUCAGGAUACUACCCGCUACCUCAAACUUCCCUUUUCCAAGGGCAUUUUCCUCGGGAAUAAUAAUCAAGCCAUGAAGGCUACAAAGGAAUCUUUUUGGAUAACAUCUCUUCUCUGUUCCACAAAGCUCACACAAAAUGGUGAUAUGCUUGAUCUUUUGAAAUGGAGAACCCACCCAGACAAGAUCACAGGCUGUCUCUCGAAGUUAAAAGAAAUCGAUGGCUCAGAGAUAGUGAAGUUUCUUCAGGAUACACUGGAUACUUUAUUUGGAAUUUUAGAUGAAAAUUCCCAAAAAUAUGGGUCUAAAGUAUUUGAUUCUUUGGUUCACAUAAUAAACUUGCUGCAAGAUAGCAAAUUUCAUCACUUUAAACCUGUAAUGGACACUUACAUUGAGAGUCAUUUUGCUGGGGCCCUUGCAUACAGAGAUCUCAUCAAAGUGCUCAAGUGGUAUGUGGACAGGAUCACAGAAGCAGAGCGCCAGGAGCACAUCCAGGAGGUGCUGAAGGCACAAGAGUACAUUUUUAAAUACAUAGUGCAGUCUCGAAGGCUCUUCUCCCUGGCCACUGGUGGGCAGAAUGAAGAGGAGUUCCGCUGCUGCAUUCAGGAGCUCCUCAUGUCCGUCCGCUUCUUCCUUUCACAAGAGAGCAAAGGGUCUGGAGCGUUGUCUCAGUCCCAGGCUGUGUUCCUGAGCUCCUUCCCAGCUGUGUACUCAGAACUGUUGAAGCUGUUUGAUGUCCGGGAAGUGGCCAACUUGGUUCAGGAUACUCUGGGCAGUCUGCCGACCAUCAUGCACGUAGACGAUUCCUUGCAAGCCAUUAAACUGCAGUGUAUUGGAAAAACAGUGGAAAGCCAGCUUUACACCAACCCAGACUCCCGGUACAUUCUCCUGCCUGUCGUGUUGCAUCACCUCCACAUCCACUUGCAAGAGCAGAAGGACUUGAUCAUGUGCGCGCGUAUCCUUAGCAACGUAUUUUGUCUCAUCAAGAAAAAUAGCUCAGAAAAAUCGGUGUUGGAGGAGAUAGACGUGAUCGUGGCCAGCCUGCUGGACAUCCUGCUGAGAACCAUCCUGGAGAUCACCAGUCGGCCCCAGCCCUCGGGCUCCAGCAUGCGGCUCCAGUUCCAGGAUGUCACUGGGGAAUUUGUUGCUUGUCUCCUGUCCCUUUUACGGCAAAUGACAGAUAGACAUUAUCAACAGCUCCUUGACAGUUUCAAUACAAAGGAGGAAUUAAGGGACUUCCUGCUGCAGAUAUUCACAGUGUUCCGAAUACUGAUUCGCCCGGAGAUGUUCCCGAAGGACUGGACCGUUAUGCGCUUGGUUGCUAACAACGUUAUUAUUACAACAGUACUGUACCUCUCUGAUGCACUUCGUAAGAAUUUCUUAAAUGAAAACUUUGAUUAUAAGAUCUGGGAUUCCUACUUUUAUCUCGCCGUCAUUUUUAUAAACCAGUUAUGUCUACAACUGGAGAUGUUCACACCUUCCAAAAAGAAAAAGGUGCUAGAAAAGUAUGGUGACAUGCGGGUCACAAUGGGUUGUGAAAUUUUCAGCAUGUGGCAAAACCUAGGAGAGCACAAGCUUCAUUUUAUCCCUGCCCUGAUUGGCCCCUUCCUGGAAGUGACCUUGAUACCCCAGCCAGAUCUCCGGAACGUCAUGAUUCCUAUUUUUCAUGACAUGAUGGACUGGGAGCAGAGGCGGAGUGGCAGCUUUAAACAGGUGGAAGCCAAGCUGAUUGACAAGCUGGAUAGCCUGAUGUCAGAAGGCAAAGGUGAUGAAACUUACCGGGAGCUCUUCAACAGUAUAAUUCCACUAUUUGGUCCCUAUCCUAGUCUACUAAAGAAAAUUGAGCGGGAAACAUGGAGGGAAAGUGGUGUUUCAUUAAUUGCCACUGUUACCCGUCUAAUGGAGAGGUUGUUGGAUUACAGGGACUGCAUGAAAAUGGGAGAGGUAGAUGGCAAAAAGAUUGGCUGCACAGUUAGCCUUCUGAACUUCUAUAAGACUGAACUGAACAAGGAGGAGAUGUAUAUACGCUACAUCCACAAACUCUACGACCUGCAUCUCAAAGCCCAGAACUUUACAGAGGCAGCAUAUACUCUCCUGUUGUAUGAUGAGCUACUGGAGUGGUCUGAUCGGCCCCUCAGAGAGUUCCUAACCUACCCCAUGCAAACGGAAUGGCAACGCAAGGAGCACCUGCACCUCACCAUCAUCCAGAACUUCGACAGAGGCAAAUGUUGGGAGAAUGGCAUUAUCUUGUGCCGGAAGAUUGCAGAGCAGUAUGAGAAUUAUUAUGACUACAGGAACCUGAGCAAGAUGAGGAUGAUGGAGGCCUCUUUGUAUGAUAAAAUUAUGGACCAGCAGCGCCUGGAACCGGAGUUCUUCAGAGUCGGAUUUUAUGGGAAAAAAUUUCCUUUUUUCUUGAGAAAUAAGGAGUUUGUGUGUCGAGGGCAUGACUAUGAGAGGCUGGAGGCCUUCCAACAGAGAAUGCUGAACGAGUUCCCCCAUGCCAUCGCCAUGCAGCACGCCAACCAGCCCGACGAGACCAUCUUCCAGGCAGAAGCGCAGUACCUGCAGAUCUAUGCUGUCACUCCCAUGCCAGAGAGCCAGGAGGUGCUGCAGAGAGAGGGUGUGCCGGACAACAUCAAAAGUUUCUACAAAGUCAAUCACAUCUGGAAAUUCCGCUAUGACCGACCGUUUCACAAAGGCACGAAGGACAAAGAGAACGAAUUCAAGAGUCUCUGGGUGGAGAGAACAUCGUUGUACCUGGUGCAGAGUUUGCCCGGCAUUUCCCGCUGGUUUGAAGUGGAGAAGCGUGAAGUGGUAGAAAUGAGUCCUCUGGAAAAUGCAAUUGAAGUGUUGGAAAAUAAGAAUCAGCAGCUGAAGACUCUGAUUGGUCAAUGUCAAACACGACAGAUGCAGAAUAUCAACCCCCUGACCAUGUGCCUGAACGGAGUCAUCGAUGCUGCAGUCAAUGGUGGAGUGUCCAGGUACCAAGAGGCUUUCUUUGUCAAAGAAUAUAUCUUAAGUCACCCUGAAGAUGGGGAGAAAAUUGCACGAUUAAGAGAGCUGAUGCUUGAGCAGGCACAGAUUCUGGAAUUUGGCCUGGCUGUGCAUGAGAAGUUUGUGCCUCAGGAUAUGAGACCCCUUCACAAAAAGCUGGUGGACCAGUUCUUUGUGAUGAAGUCGAGCUUAGGGAUCCAGGAGUUCACUGCUUGCAUUCAGGCCAGCCCUGUGCAUUUCCCUAAUGGAAGCCCUCGUGUGUGCAGAAACUCCGCCCCUGCUUCCAUGAGCCCAGAUGGCACCAGGGUAAUUCCGAGGCGCAGCCCGUUAAGUUACCCAGCUGUCAACCGGUAUUCUUCCUCCUCACUGUCCUCACAAGCCUCUGCUGAAGUAAGCAAUAUUACAGGGCAAUCAGAAAGCUCUGAUGAAGUCUUUAACAUGCAGCCAAGUCCAUCUACCUCAAGCUUGAGUUCUACUCACUCUGCUUCACCUAAUGUGACAAGUUCUGCUCCAUCGAGUGCCAGAGCUUCCCCCUUGUUGUCUGACAAACACAAACAUUCCAGAGAAAACUCUUGCCUGUCCCCAAGAGAGAGACCAUGCAGUGCCAUUUAUCCAACACCUGUGGAGCCUUCUCAGAGGAUGCUGUUCAAUCACAUUGGAGAUGGGGGCUUACCACGCAGUGAUCCCAAUCUCUCUGCCCCCGAGAAAGCUGUGAAUCCCACUCCUAGCAGCUGGAGCCUGGACAGUGGGAAGGAAGCCAAGAACAUGUCGGAUAGUGGGAAACUUAUCUCUCCCCCUGUCCCUCCGAGACCCACACAGACUGCUUCACCAGCAAGACACACAACGACGUCAGUAUCCCCCUCACCUGCAGGACGAUCUCCAUUAAAGCAGCAGGGCUCCGUGCAGUCGUUCACCCCCUCGCCAGUGGAGUAUCACUCCCCGGUCCUGUCGGGCAGCUACAGCAGCGGGAUCUCUUCGCUCAGCCGGUGCAGCACGUCGGAAACCUCAGGCUUCGAGAAUCAGGUGAACGAACAGUCGGCCCCACCGCCUACGCCAGCACCAGCACCUGCACCUGCGCCCGGGUCGGGGCCGGCGCCCGUGCCGAGCUACGGCGGCGGGCCGGAGGAGCCGGUGCGCAAGGAGAGCAAGACGCCGCCGCCGUACAGCGUGUACGAGCGGACUCUGCGGCGCCCGGUGCCGCUGCCGCACAGCCUGUCCAUCCCCGCCGCCGCCGAGCCGCCCGCCUUGCCGCCCAAGCCGCUGGCGUCGCGGCCCAGCCACCUGGAGAAUGGCACCCGGAGGACGGAGGCCGGCCCGCGGCCCAGGCCCCUGCCCAGGAAGGUCUCGCAGUUAUAAGUCCUGCGUUAACGGAGAGAGGGGUGGCGAGAAGACGUUUAGUGUAGGCACUUUAAUCACUUAACUCGGCUCUUUCCUUUAAAGGAAUGGGAUUUCGAAAAACCUGCUUAUUAACGUAGUGUUGCACAAUAUUAAAAAUUGCUGAUCUGAGACGCCAGAGGUUCCAUGAAGUGUGGCCGAAUUGCAUUGAAAUGGUCUCAUUGGACUGUGGUAAAUAGCGAAAAAGACUCCUUUUGUACCUUUUUACGUUCGCCGUUUUUACGUCGCUCGAUCUUCAGUCCAAUCCGAUAUUGUCAACCACUGCGAUGCGUGAUAAUGUUGUAUACUUUUCACUGAAUACUUGAUACUCCCAGAAAGCUUAUGAAGUCAGUGCGCAUGCUAACACGAUGGGCCUGACUUUUGGAGACGCUGGUAAAUCAGGUGAGGAAUUCGCAUCCUGGAAAUUAAAGCGUAAGGCACUUAAGGGGUUGCAAGGAAUGGGACUGAAGCAAAGUCCCAGUUUGUUCUUGAAGCAAAACCCUUCCUUAAGGUUGCUGUUGACCUUUGACAGCCUACAUUCUUAAAACUCCACUUUGUGAGUUGGUUGCUAAAUCCUGGAGAACGCUGACACCAUGGUAUCUCCUGCAUUUCUUUUCAAGGUGCAGUUUGCUUUCAGAGUUCCAAUCAGCUAAAUUAAGCAAAAGACCCCAGGAGAAAUGUUUACUUGAAUUUUGUGCUUCCUUACUUGAUGGUUUCCUAUGUAAAAUAUGUCACUGAAGAACAAACGUUCAAGUAUUUCAAUAGGCACAAAUGACUGUGUCCCGUUAACAAGAAUUCAGGAAUCGAUACAGGACAGUAUUAGAUCAAUAGCGUAGAUGAAGGAAAAAACCUUGGCGAAAAUAUAUUCAGCAUGACUAAAUGGCAAAAGGACUUUGAAAAAGCAAGGGCAUUAGCUUUCAGUCCUGCACAAAAAUUAGGAAUUCCUCACAGCUCUCCGUCCUUCCUCCCUGGGGAGCCUGUCUUCUCAGCUGAUUCUGUGUCCCUUUGUCCAAGGGGGUGGCUGUAGACCACAGUAGCUUGAAUGUUGCGACGUAGCGUCUUAGCUCUAGAUAGGGAUGCCAGAGCCGCCACUGUAGGAGUGUGGGAAAGCACCUUGUCUGUAGUAAUGUAUUUUGUAUCUUUAUUUUUUUCUUUCACUGACUGUUUAUAAUAUAACACUCAAUUGACAAUAGAUAUGAACUGUAUUUUAAAUCAUACUGUUAAAUAUUUUCCCUCUUUUGUUGGGAAGCUCAUUUCAGUUUAACUGUGUUUGUUUUGUGGAUAGCUUACCUGGAAGGCAGUGACCACUUUUUUAUACUCUCUUAAUGAAACCAUUCAGCAGGUAUAUGCUGUUGAGGCUGGUUAUAGAGGUUUUCUAUAAUAAAUGUUCAAGUAUUUUUGUACAUAACUGGUUAAUUUUAAUAAGAGAUACCAUUAUGUGUAAAAAAAAGUAAAAAUAAAAGCAAACAGUUGUGGAUGCAGUAUGAUUGUUAUAAUUAUGCCAAAUACUUUAUGUAUGGGAAAAAGAAUAUUUGUACAUAUGUGCUUUUAACAAUAAUUCUGCCAUAUUGACUUUACAAUUUUGAAUGUCAGAAAAAAUUAAUAUAUGUUAAAAUAUUUAUGUUUAGUGAAAGUAUUCAUAAUUGAGAAAAGGAACAUAUGAAUUUUAGCUUUGUAUCUUGCAAGUUUUACAAUUGGAAUUUCUUGAAAUAGGCUUUGCUUUUGAUGAUAACACUUUGUGUUUGUAAUUACAUCCUUAAAAAUAUAUAUAUAUAAAUGUAUAGAAAACUCCAUAUUUCUGUUGCUUUAAAGUAAAACCUUCCAUUUAAAUAAGAUGACAUGCAUAAGAUAACAAAGCUUCUUUGAUUUCCUUUUCCUGUGUAAUUUAAUAGAUCCCCUGACUAGUGCUUGGGCACAGUAUCAAUCAGUGUUAUUUGCUCCUGGAGCCUUUUUUUUUUUAAGUUUUUGGCAGUGAACAGUUGACUCAUGUGCGUGUAAUUCUGAAUCAGCUAUAUAGCAGAUUUCAAGAGAUUCUGUUAGCACAGAUGUUCAUGUUGGUUGCUGCUGAAUGGUAAAUAUUAAAUAAAAUUACCAGAUUAAUCUUAA